AAGUGCAAGCAGUCAAAAAUGGUUUUGGUGUUUAGCUUGGCAUUAUUCCAAGAGAGACGACAUCUUCUUAUCUCUGGGUAUUUGUGGGUUCGGUGGUUCCUCUUUCCAUUCUAAAGCCAAACCAAACAACGCAACACCACCACCUACCUGCCAACACGUUCUCUUCUGCAAUCUCCAUCGAUUCCAUAUAUCCAUCCUUCCCAAUCAACCUCCAUAUAUUAUUCUGAACUAGCUAACUCUCAUAUAUCCUUGUCUUUUUCAUAUAUUCACUCCCACAACAACAUCAUCAUCUUGCUCUGUGUAAUUGCGUUGCUACUAAGAUUCCUCUCUAGCUCCUUUUAUUAUUCCUUUUUUGUGGAUGGAUUUUCAUUUUCUUCUCAUCUUUUAGCUAUAGAAACCAUCUUCAACUUUCCAUUUCCAUAACUCCCAAACAAACAAACAAACAUGAACCACCACUGCGUUCCAGAUUUCGAUUUCCAAAUCGAUGACCAGGAUUACCCUUCAUCACUACCCAUGUCCAUGCCUUCACCAGCUAAGAAACCAUCCAUUGCAGACGACGAUAUCAUGGAGCUGCUAUGGCAAAAUGGUCAGGUCGUGAUGCAGAGUCAGAAUCAGCGUCCUCUCAGGAAACCACCGCCGGCAGCGGCGGUGAGAAGCAACAACGACUAUGCUCCUCCUGUUGCUGGUCCUUCCACUGCGAAGGAGAUUCGUCCGGAGGUGGAAAAUUACAACCAGCAUCUCUUCAUGCAAGAAGGAGAAAUGGCUUCGUGGCUUCACUAUCCAAUCGACGACGGUGAUGAUCCGCAUCCGCCUUUGGAUCAGAGCUUCUGCGCCGAUUUCCUCUAUCCGCCGCCGUCGGAUGUUAACGACAACGACAACAGUGCCAUGCAAGCACCUGCUCUCACGUCUCGACUCACGGAUCUCCGGAAGCCACCGAUUUCGGCGCUGGCUUCUCCUCGACCUCCGAUUCCGCCGCCGAGGAGGACGGAACUGGCGCCGCCGCAGAGGAUUGCGGAACAGGCACCGCCGCCGAAGACGACACAGAACUUUGCCUGUUUGUGGAAGCAUAAUGCGAGAGCGGAGCCAGGACCGUCGUCGAUUUCGAGAACCGCGGCGAGGGAAUCGACGGUGGUAGAUUCGUGCGAUACACCUGCCGCGCCGGCGAUGGCUCCGCCGUCUAUGAUUUCAGAGACGGUGAGAAGCUCGGCGGGAGGAGCGAGCGGUUUAGCGGCGCCAUCGACUACUUUUGAUGAACCGGGCGGUUCGAGUAGCAGCGGAGAGCCGGUUCAGAAGGUGGCGGCGCAGGAGCGGAAGCGGAAAGGAAGGGAAGCGGAGGACUGGGAGUGUCAGAGCGAGGAUGUUGAUUUUGAAUCUGCGGAAGGGAAAAAACAAGUCCGUGGGUCUUCAUCUACAAAGAGAUCUCGUGCUGCCGAGGUCCAUAAUCUCUCAGAAAGGAGGCGUCGUGAUCGGAUUAAUGAAAAGAUGAAAGCUUUGCAAGAACUUAUACCUCGUUGUAAUAAGUCUGACAAAGCUUCAAUGCUGGAUGAAGCAAUUGAAUACUUGAAGUCGCUGCAGUUACAAGUGCAGAUGAUGUCCAUGGGAUGUGGCAUGGUACCUAUAAUGUUUCCUGGAAUCCAGCAGUAUAUGCCUGCAAUGGGAAUGGGGAUUGGAAUGGGUAUGGGUAUGGACAUGGGAAUGACCAGACCAAUGAUGCCAUUUCCCAAUAUGUUUCCUGGUUCAACAUUGCCAGCAGCAACUGCAGCUGCUCAUUUGGGACCAAGGUUUGGUAUGCCUCCUUUCCACAUGCCACAUAUUCCUGCACCUGAUUCAUCUAGAAUGCAAGCGGCAUCUCUAUCGGAUAACAAUAUGCUCAACUCCGUUGGUGCACCUGAUCUAAAUCAGUCACGGAUUCCAAACUUCACUGAUCCUUAUCAACAAUACCUUGGUCCCCACCAGAUGCAGUUUCAAUUGAUGCAGCCACCAUGCAAAGAAUGAAGUGUCACCGCCAUCACCCUCUCUUCUCGGUUCCGACAUGCUCCGGCCUCUGUCCGCAGCAAGUCCACCACCAUUGGGGUCUUGGUGAGUUUCGCAACAAAACCCAUGCUUCGGAUCCUCGUUCUGUCGCCAUCGACCGUCACAAACGCCGCUUUUAAGGGCGUUUUCCGGCCACCAAUGGGACCACGAUGAUCCUUGCCACAAGGAGAACAAAAGCCAUCAAUCAAUUUCUGUUUUGGACCACCUUUACUGUUGUGCACCACCGUGCCGUCGCCACGCCGCUAACUCUCUCGCUGCCAAACAACCAUUGUCUCUCUAUGGAAUCACGACUGCUCCUUCUUCUUAGGUGAGUAGAAACAACCCGCAGAGCAGAAACAACCCGCAGGCGAGUAGAAUUAUAAUGCAAGCGGGUCAUAAAUUAUGACCAUGGGAUUUUGAAGUGGAAAAUGGUGUCUUCUCCAUGUUGUGCGUGUUGAGAAAACAUGGAAGAAAGAUCAUGGCCAACAAAGAUGAUUUAGAUUCCACAAAUUUUGAUGGGAAAAUAGAGCAGACCUUUGAUGUGCUUGAAUUGUGUGCAGAGACUCAUGUUGUGCGUGUUGAGAAUAUGUACCUUGUUUUCACACUUCUUGAUUUAGGAUUUGAGUAUCAAUGUGGCUGGGUAAAUUGGGUGUAUUGUGGGUGCUUCUUGCUGGUUUUGGGUAAUCUAAUAUAUGGGGUUUUUUUUUUUAGAACUCAUCUGGGGUUGUUUCCUCUGUUUUUUUUUUCUUUUCUUGUUUUCUCGUGUUGGUGGUGCUGUGGUGGUGAAGAAUGGCAGUGUGGGGGAAGAAGAUGCUGGGGUUAAGAAAAGAAGAAGAAGAGGCUGAAGAUUAGUGAAGAAGAUGAAGACCAUUUUAUUUGGGGUUUGUUCUUGAGAUGGAGAUUGAAGAAGAGUGAUGAAGAUUAUGUGUUUAGUUUGAAUUUAGUUCAGGGAUUUAUUUAGAUUAGAGAUUUUAUUAAGUUUUUUAAUUUUUUUCUGCUUAUAUAAUUGAGUUGGAUUUUAAAAUAAAUUUUAAUUAAUUUUUCUAAUUAAAAAAAAUAAAAAAAAACCACGUGGUAAAGGUGACUAGGACAAAAUUGAGCUGUGGCAACAUUUGGCCUUAAUUGAAUUAAAUUUUUUUUAGGGACCCAAUUUGAUGAAAUAAUUUUCUAGGUCCUGGAUUUGAUUCCCUUUGUAAUCUCAGGGGCCUUUGGACCCUUUAAGCCUAUAAAAAACAGAACAAUUUCUUUUUUUACUUUAUAUGUUGCGUAAAAAUUGGUAUUUUGGUUGAUGUUACCUCAGAUUUUACUUUAAGUUCCUCUUAAUUAGGAGGAAAAAAACUCCCUGGGAAUUUGUAAGUGCGGUGUG